UGGAUGCCGGGGGGGGGCGUACCCCGCGGAGAAGGGGGCGGGGCCGGCCGUCGCACCUUACACUUCACCUUACAAACAGCGUGGGUGUGGCCCGGACGGAGAAGGUUUGAUGACACACGUAACGCCGCGGAGCCAGUUGCCUCUGACACGCAGAGAGGACAGUCAUGGGAAAAGCAGGUGGAAGAGGCGACUUUGAAUGGGUCUACACCGACCAGCCACACACGUCAAGAAGGAAAGAAAUACUGGCCAAGUACCCAGAAAUCAAGUCUCUCAUGGGUCCGGACCCCCAGUUGAAGUGGGUGGUGUCAGGCAUGGUCCUAACCCAACUCCUGGCCUGCUACCUGGUUCACAACCUGUCCUGGAAGUGGAUCUUCUUCUGGGCCUAUGCCUUUGGAGGGUGCAUUAACCACUCCCUGACUCUAGCUAUCCACGACAUCUCUCACAACGUGGCCUUCGGCAACAAGCUGGCGAAGUGGAACCGUUGGUUUGCCAUGUGGGCCAACCUGCCCAUCGGGUUGCCCUACUCGGCCGCCUUCAAGAAGUACCACAUCGAUCACCAUCGGUAUCUGGGAGGCGACCAGCUGGAUGUUGACAUCCCCACAGACUUUGAGGGCUGGUUCUUCUGCACCCCGGCCAGGAAGGUCCUCUGGCUCUUCCUCCAGCCCCUUUUCUAUGCUCUGCGCCCGCUGAUUGUCAACCCUAAACCAAUGUGCCUGCUGGAGUUCCAGAACGCUGCAGUACAGCUCAUAGCGGACUUAAUCAUCUACUAUCUAUGGGGUUUGAAGCCCAUUGUCUACCUCAUUGCAGGCUCUAUUUUGUGUAUGGGACUCCAUCCUAUCUCUGGACAUUUCAUUGCUGAACAUUACAUGUUCCUGAAGGGACAUGAGACAUAUUCUUACUAUGGACCACUCAACUAUAUAACCUUCAACGUUGGUUACCACAUGGAGCAUCAUGAUUUCCCCAGCAUACCAGGAAGUAAACUACCUCAGGUCAAGCAAAUCGCAGCGGAGUAUUACGAUUCCCUGCCUCAACACACUUCCUGGGUCCGGGUGUUGUGGGACUUUGUGUUCGAUGACAGCAUUGGCCCCUACGCCAGAAUUAAACGACAGUAUAAGCUAAGCAAGCAGGGAUAAACAUAUGACUGAAUAGAUUUUUGUCUGUAGGACUGUGAAUUCCAGUUGUUCCACCUGAGGACUACUGAAAGAUGUUAAUAGUCUAUAGUAUAAACGUGUUGUGUGUUUGUCAGUCUGUGCGUCUAAUACAAUGGACGUUCGCAACCUAAAUCAGUUUUGUAGUUCAGUUAAUACAUGGCAAAAAAAUUACUUGUCAGUUGACUAUAUACAGUUUGUGAAAAUUCAGAAAUUCAAAAUACAGCUGGAUGUUUGUUUUUUUUACACCAUUGUAUUCAUGUUUCUAUUCCUGUUGUAAACUGAUGACAUUAUGAUACAGUGAUUUCCAUCACUGACAUGCUGAAUAGUUAACAAAGGUAAUGAAAUUAUGAUGAAAAUCGAAUUUCUCCUUAUCUGUAACUGGGCAAGCGAUAUUAGUAUUCCAUUUGAACGUGCUCAUUUAAACAUGAGACAGAGGUCAUAUACAUUCUCAUGAGGUUUUCAGAGAUGUCACUAGCUCACGUCUCUUCCCACUGUACAUGUAAGCUUUACAUCAAGAUUCAUAUGAAUUUCUCAAUGUAAGAAUUAAAGAACACAGUCUCUCAAAUUAGCGAAUACAGUUUUGCAACCAUUGCACAGAACAGUACGAGCAUUGAAAUUUACCUAUCAGUAAGAUGAGCCUUUUGUUCUGUGGCGUUCUAGUCUGCCUGUUCACAUUUUAAUGAUUUAAAUGCACCAGAGUUCUGCAAAAGUGGGUAAAAUGACAGAAUAAUAAUAAUAAUAAUAAUAAUAAUAAUAAUAAUAAUAAUAAUAAUAAUAAUAAUAAUAAUAAUAAUAAUAAUAAUAAUAAUAAUAAUAAUAGAAGUAUUGCUCAGUCCAUGCAGCUGUGGUCGUGUAACUGCCUUAAUUACAUUUUUUGGGCUUAUAGACUGAAACAAUAGAAGGCACCACCACAGGUUUUGCCAACUAAUCAAUUAAAUGGGCCACGAGGUCUGAACUAAUAAAGCGUAACAUAAACAAAGUUAUGCAGAAAUACUAAAAGACAAAGCCUUGCAAACUCAAAGUGGUUGUCAUCAUGUACAUUCAGUGACUGGAUUCUGCAGUGUUUCACCAAUUCACUAUUAUUUUGUCAGAGGUUUCUGUUAUUUUGUCCACAAUGUAAUCUGUGUUGUCAAUGACAAUUCUUUAUUUUGCUAUUUAAAUGGCUGUGUAAUGUAUAAAAAUUAUUAUAAAAAUGCCUUGGGAAUAUUG